GUCACCCAGAGGGAGGGGGACAGCUCUGUCCUGGGCAAGGGAGACAGCACCAAGCCCCGGCAGUCAUGGCAGAGCCGAAAAGUGCCCACAGCUCCAACUGGGACGCCCCACAGGGCAAGGGGCCCCUGGACUCAGCAUGGUCGUGGAUUCCGAUCAUGAAGGACCCUGGAUGGAUUCGAAAUGUGUGGCCUGCAAACAUUAAUGUUGGCAGUGGUCCCCACCUCACAGUCCAUCCCACCCUGGAGCUUCCUGAGGCUUUAAAACCAGACGCCAUGGAAAUUGAGGAGUUCUGGGUGGGCAGCCCUGCAGGCUCCCGGCCCGCCACCCCGAAGAGCGACUCUGAGCUGGUGAGCAAGGGCAGCGACCGCUCGGCCCCCAAGAGUAACCUGGAGAUGUUGUGGCUAUGGGGAGAGCUGCCGCAGGCCGCUAAGUCCUCUCUGCACAAGAUGAAAGAACCCAGCCCACUGAGCAGUAGAAAGAUCUGUGAAAAAACCCACUUCCAAGCCAUCCACAGCGAGUCGUCAGAUACCUUCAGCGACCAGUCGCCAACACUGUCCAGGGUGCCGCUUGAAGAGCAGAGUCGGGCACAGCUGGAGAUGCAGUUGGUGGCCGAGGAGGACCUGGAGGUCCUGGGAGCGGCUGCCCCAUCUGUGCCUGUGACCGAGGAGCCCAAGCCUCCAGUUGCCAGCGUGGCGCAGCCGGCGAGCAAGAUGGACUCUCCCCGGAGGAAAGAUAAGCGGAGCAGACACCUUGGUGCCGACGGCGUCUACCUGGAUGAGCUCACCGACAUGGACCCUGAGGUGGCAGCCCUGUACUUUCCCAAAAACGGAGACCCUUCUGGGCUCCCCAAGCACACCAGCGACCUUGGGUCCCGCUCGGCCAACCAAUCCCCGCAGUCAGUGGGGAGCUCGGGUGCGGACAGCGGCGUGGAGAGCACCUCGGAUGGUCUGCGCGACCUGCCGUCCAUCGCCAUCUCCCUGUGUGGUGGCCUCAGUGACCACCGUGACGUCACCACGGAUGCAUUUUUAGAACAAGCUGUGUCCUACCAACAAUUUGUAGACAAUCCGGCUAUCAUCGAUGACCCCAACCUAGUGGUGAAGAUCGGGAAUAAGUAUUACAACUGGACAACCGCGGCCCCUCUGCUCCUGGCCAUGCAAGCCUUCCAGAAACCGCUGCCCAAGGCCACUGUGGAAUCUAUCAUGAGGGAUAAGAUGCCUAAAAAGGGAGGAAGAUGGUGGUUUUCGUGGCGGGGAAGGAACACCACGAUCAAAGAGGAGAAUAAGCCGGAGCAGUGCCUGGCUGGAAAAGGCCACAGUAUCGGGGAGCAGCCAUCUCAGCUGGGCAUGGCCACCAGGAUAAAGCACGAGUCAUCCUCCAGCGAUGAGGAGCAGGCAGCCUCCAAGUCGGUCCCUACUGGCCACCUGCCACUCUUGUCCAGCGUCAGCUACAAGAAGACACUGCGGCUCACGUCGGAGCAGCUGAAAAGUUUGAAGUUGAAGAACGGCCCCAAUGACGUGGUCUUCAGCGUGACCACGCAGUACCAGGGCACCUGCCGCUGUGAGGGCACCAUCUACUUGUGGGACUGGGACGACAAGGUCGUCAUCUCCGACAUCGACGGAACCAUCACGAGGUAUUCGGAGUCUCGCUUAGCUGCUGUCACCUGGACGGGGCCCGCACUCGGAUCGCUCCGCCUCAGCCUCCCAGAGUGCCGGGAUGGUGGUAGGCGCUGCUGCCCCGCUCCUUUGUGCUUCCUACCUUUGAGGUUAAAUGUGGUUCAGUGGUGAUGACGUUGUCUUCUCAUCCUGAUCUACUGUUCAUUUGUUGGUUUUCACAGAGAAGUGAUUGAGAAGAAACCAGAAAAGUUUAAAGUGCAGUGCUUGACGGACAUCAAGAACCUGUUUUUCCCAAACACGGAACCCUUUUAUGCUGCCUUUGGGAACCGCCCAGCUGACGUGUACUCCUAUAAGCAAGUGGGCGUAUCUCUGAACAGGAUCUUCACCGUCAACCCCAAGGGAGAGCUGGUGCAGGAGCAUGCCAAGACCAACAUCUCAUCGUAUGUGCGACUCUGCGAGGUGGUGGACCAUGUCUUCCCGCUGCUGAAACGGAGCCACUCUUCUGACUUCCCCUGCUCGGACACAUUCAGCCACUUCACCUUCUGGAGAGAGCCGCCCCCUCCCUUUGAUAACCAGGGUGUCCACUCAGCCUCGGCGUGAUGGGCUCAGGCAGCCCCUUGCAACAAUGUGGGAGCCUGGUGUCCCAGUGACAGACCCUGUGCCGGAAGCCCCCUGUGCCGGUCUGGGCUUAGAGGCCCAAAAGCAUUUGUGUCCUGCCUCGCACUGUGCCCUGUGCCCUGCGCCAGGAAACACACUUAAAUGCAAAGUGACAAACUUGUGACAGUGCAUUCGCCGGGCCCAUGCAAGGGUGCACCCUAGGGAUUCGUUCUUGAUGUGCAAUAUGGGUGUCCCAAGGCUUUUCCCAGGAGCGACAGUGCCCCUGUGGGAUUCCGGCAUGCCCGGGGCAUGUAGGCUAGCACUUCUGUGCUGGUGAGGCUCUGCCACCUGGGCAUGGUUGGACAGCGGGCAGGUGAAGUCUUUGCAGGUCUGGGCCCCUGGGCCGCCAUGGGCCCAGCUUGUGAGCUUCCCCACAGUGGCUUGCUAGUCUCUCAGGUGAUAUGAGCUUCCCUUCCUUGGGUGCAGACAGCCUUCUCGCUCGCUUAUCCUCGCCUCUACUGCUUGCAAGGCUGGAGUAUUUUGCCUUAUUGCACCUGCGGGCAUCAUAGGGUGGGCUAGCCCCAUCCAGCUCUCAGUGACGCUGCAACGCCUUAAACCAGACUGCAGUAAGCAGGACCGAGGGGCGUUUUGAAAUCAGCUCAGCGCCCAUCCGAAGGCGCUGUGGGUAGCAGGAGCUGGAGCAGCGCUUGUGGCCGAACCCUGACGACCUCUAUUUUUAUUGGGAAGUCUCAAGAGACUGGGUGGGUUUCAGACAGUAGUUGAAGAAGUUGAGCCAUAUUCUUCACGGAUGUUAUUUAUUGCUUUACUCCGACAGGGUCGCUAUUGAAAGCCUUGCAGCCACAGGCUUUCAGUGACAAACGUCGCAAAUCCAUUAGAAGAUGAGUGUGCAAGACCAGCGAGGCACUUGGCCUGCUUGUGUCACACACUGAACACCUUUUGGAAUUGAAGUUGUUUUUCUUAGCUUUCCUUUCCCACUCAAAUCAAGGGCAGGGGAGAAAGUAAUACUCGAAGUGACAUUUUUUAAGCCAAUAGUAGUUUGUUUAUUAAGCUGGCUUGUGGAGAGUACAAUGUGAAAAGAUGAAUUAUUUUGGUAAAAGAUUUCAUUUUCAUUUUCAAAGUACUAUUUUUUUAAAGAGUACGUUUUACUCCAUUGACUGAAAUGCUUUCCUAUUUAAAUUGCAUUGUUAGGUUCUUCCGAGGCAAAAGAACAAACACAACAGAGCAGUUGAAGGCAAUGUUACUCUUUCUGUGAAAGAAAAACCCAGAGUCCCUGGCAGUGCUGAGGCUGGUGGGCGUUGUGGCUGUGUGGGGGACAGAUGGCUUUGUGGACACACACAGGAGGUGAAAAUCAACUGUCACGAGUGGCAGAUUCGCACCGAGACAUGGGUGUGCAUGCUCAUUAGACUUAAGAGUUGUCAGCAGCGAUUAAAGAGUCCAGCCUCGCCCAGCUCUGGGUGGGUGGUGCCCACACUCGUGCCAUAGGGUUGGGGGGCAUGGUGGGCAAAUCUGUAGUGCGAUUCACCCCCUUCUGGCCUCAGUGUUCCGCCCUGUGUCCAUCCCUGUCACUCUACUCCCAGGCCACCCACACCAAACUAGGAUGCGCUGUCGAGCUCAUCGCAUGCUGGCUGGGCUGUGACACCAGAUCAGGCUCACAUGUCACUGCCCCAGGGCUGAGGGGAGUUGCUUUCUCUGUGUCCUUGGGGUCCCGGUGAUCACAGGCCAGAUGAAUUGUAUCUGGCCAUACAUUUCAAAGUGGCCCCCACAAACCCAUCAUCCUAGAGGUCUUCAGAUGUUGGUCCCUCACGAUGAAGAAAAAAUACCCUGGAAAACUGGAGCAAAAGGAUCACACUGCCAAGGAGAGCUCCCUUUGAGUUAGAGGUUUGGGACACCAUUUGAAGUGUAUUUAUUGACACCUAUAUUUAUAUAUGCUGGCACUGUGGUGAAAACGCUGUACUCCUUCAUUGGGUUGUGCUGGAUACAAAGCUAGAAAAUGGCAUAAUAAAUGAGAAGGAUGAAAGACU